AGGGCGUUUCCGGGGCACGCGCCGGGAGGGGGCCGCUGACGUCGGGCUCAGGUGCACGCGCCCGCCCGCCCGCGCGGCCCAGUUGGCGGCCCGCACUCCAGGUGGAGGCCGGCGGCGGGCCGCGGCCAGAGGGAGAGAGUCCGCGCUUUCCGAGGGAGCCGCGCCCUGCGGGCCCCAGCGCACCCAAGGGGAUGGAGAGCUGCCCCCGAGGCCCCCGCGCGGCCCGCGAUCCCACGCCCGCCGGCCCGCGCUAGCUGCUCGACUCGUGCGCUUUAUCAGCCACCCAGGCCUUGUCUCCCGAAUCAGUGGCGUCGUGGUUCGAAAGAAAUGGAAGAAAAGGAGCGAUGUGACCGAUUGUGUUCGGUCCUCCUGCUUUGAGGCCUGGCAUUUGCAGAGGGAAACAGCAAGAAAAUAGUGGGGUUUUUAGAGGGGGGUGGGAGGGAAGGGUGGGGAAAGGGAAACAAGGUCUUACAUUUUAUGUUUUUUAUUUUCUAAAUUCUGCACUUUGACAGUGGUCGCAAAAUAAAACUAAUCCAAAAGUUAUUUUUCUAUUGAGAAGAGAGAAGAGGUGUUUUUUGUUUUUUUUUUUUUCCUUUCGGUUCCAAUCUUUUCUCCCAGUGACAAAGCAUAAAUCAUGGACACCAGAGAAUAAGGUGGACCUCAGGAAUCCUGAAAAGACUGAGAAGCUUGCAUUCUUCCUCUGGAGGGAAAGAGUGGGGUGUUUUUAGCCAUCUCUGGAACCUAAAAGAAAAAACAUGAGUUGUGUGCCAUGGAAAGGAGACAAGGCCAAAUCUGAAUCAUUGGAGCUGCCCCAGGCAGCACCCCCACAAAUCUACCAUGAGAAACAGCGCAGGGAGCUUUGUGCCCUCCACGCCCUCAAUAACGUCUUCCAGGACAGCAAUGCCUUCACCCGGGAUACGCUGCAAGAGAUUUUCCAGAGGUUGUCUCCAAACACCAUGGUGACACCUCACAAGAAGAGCAUGCUGGGAAAUGGCAACUACGAUGUGAAUGUCAUUAUGGCAGCACUUCAAACCAAAGGCUAUGAAGCUGUUUGGUGGGACAAGCGCAGGGAUGUCGGCGUCAUUGCCCUCACUAACGUCAUGGGCUUCAUCAUGAAUCUGCCCUCCAGCCUAUGCUGGGGUCCACUGAAGCUGCCCCUCAAAAGGCAGCACUGGAUCUGUGUCCGAGAGGUGGGAGGGGCCUACUACAACCUCGACUCCAAACUCAAGAUGCCCGAGUGGAUUGGAGGCGAGAGCGAGCUCAGGAAGUUUCUAAAACAUCAUUUACGAGGAAAGAACUGUGAACUCCUGCUGGUGGUACCAGAAGAGGUAGAGGCCCAUCAGAGUUGGAGGACUGAUGUGUAACACAGUUCUGCCCAGCCUCCCUCUCAGCUCAGCCCCUUCAGUGUCCGUGAUGUGCUGUGGCCUCUGCAGUGGGUCUGCCCCUGCUGCUUCCCCAAACGUCUCAUCGGGUUUUCCCCUUCAGAUCUGACAGUGCAAUAGGACAGACAUGUGAACUGUUGUAAGAACUACCCAGUGUUUUGUUCCUGGGCAAGGAAGGUAGGAGCUCUGUGCACUCAAGGCCAGCAGUCACAAACCCUUGUUUUGCUUAAGAGACAGAGGAGAAAGUAGAGCAGGGAGGGAAUUCUAGCUUAUUUUCCGUUUUCUGUGAGGACUUGACACAGGUGUUCUGCUGAGUUGUCACUGCUGCUUGAGACUCACCUAGAGAUGCUGCCUCCACUUUCCAUCCUGUCUGGGUCUGAAGGUAACGCACACAAACCCCAUGGGACUGGCUUGAAGACGCCAGAGCAUAAAGAUCUCUCAGGAAACCAUGUCCCAAAACUCUGGCGGCGGUCCAGCAUGCUUCCAACCCUUCUCCUGAGGUGUAAGGGUGGUUUAUGGCCAUACGUGGAGUUUUAUAAUGAAAAGUUCUCUAAUAUUCCACACUAAUAUUCUAGCGUGAGCUGAGUAAGAUAGAUACCUAACAGGAUGUGGCAAAAGCCACACUGGGACGGCCAUGCGGUGGCUCGCUUUCUCCAGUGUUGUCCCUGCCACUUCACGACAUCGAUUCAGGAGGCUCUGGGACAAGAGAAGCCAAAAAGCAGUUUUCCCAGUUCAGUCACGCUGGCAAAAUCAGGAAAAAAUAAGUCUGCCUUUGACAUCAAAUUCCACUAAUUUGGGGCAGAGUUGGGUGAGGAAAGUUUUGUGAAGACAGGCUUCUCAGAGUAGGAGCAGCCAGAAUUCAGUAGACAUUGUAGGCUUGGAGGCUGUCACUAUAGUGCCAAGUUGGGUGGCUCCGUGCAUUGUGGAUGGAACAAGACCUGGGUUUGCCAUCUUCCUGUCGUUUUCUUUAUAUAUCAGUGGAAGUUCAACCUGCCCCUACCUCUUGAAAUAGUUGUAGGCCGAUUUUCUCUUGUAACUUUGGAAAACGAAAGAGAAAUAAGUAUCAUACCACACACGUGUCUCCAAACUGGAUGUGGUUGCCUCAAGGCAGGUGGGCAGGCAGGGGUGACCCACUGGCCCUCAGAUCGAUGGUGUUGGCAGGUACUGAGAGCUGCCCCACUGGCCAGACUUCUCUCUGGCAGCAAAGCCAGCCUGGGGCUUGCAUGUUGAUCCUGAGCAAGCUUUAACGGGGUUAAGCUGAGGCGUUCUCCCCCUGUGACUGGAGUGCAUGUUUACACCAGCACUUUUUCUGCACAUGUAUCUUCAAUCCAGCAAGGCUGUUUUUUUUUUUUUUUUUAAUGCUGAGUAACAGGCCACCAAGUGGCUACUUCAUUGUGUCUUCUCAGCAACUGGCCGGUUUCUUCUGCACCAUUUUCUACAGCAGACCUGCUUGGCGCCACAGGGAGCUCUUCCCGCCCUGCACAAUGACAUUCCAACCACCACCAGCCAGACGUUACAGCCAACCUUGCUGAUUGUCACAAGCAGGACCUUGGGGCCACUGGCACUGUCAAGAGAUAGUAAAGCCAUUUCUUGGGAAGAGGAGGAAACUCCUCUCCACAAAUCCACUUGGCCCUGUGCAAAUGGCACUUCACAGUCCCCAUGCACUUGGAGUCCAUGAGCCAAUGGGAUAUGCAAAGACGCUUAAACAUUUCAGGGCUGGUUUCUCUGUUCAUAUCCAAUUCUGGUGCUUAGGAACAGGGACCCAUGCUGAUGCCCAAGGGCAAAAAGCCCCACUUCCUUCAAGGAAGUGAGCAGGCCUGACCCUGAUGCCCAAUAAGGGGCAACCCUAUGCUUUUUUUUCUUGCUUUUAUUCCUUUUUGUUGUUGGCCUUGUGCUGGGUUUGUUUACAAAAGAUGUAUUUUGUUUAACCAAAUAUUAAAAAUGGAAAACUCCGUAUGUCUUGUCUGCCUGAAUUCUCUAAUUGUGCAAAGGAAGAAAAAUAAACUUUAGUAUGAUCCUGUU